CCAUAUCAAGUGCCCAAACACUACACUAAAGCUGACGUCACGCCAGAGAACUUUUUGGCUCUACUUCGAGGGGACGAGGAGUUGGAGAAAAAGGGCAAAAAAGUAGUUAAAAGCGGACCAAAUGAUCGUAUAUUUGUAUACCUGGAUGACCAUGGUGGUAAUGAGGUCGUAUAUUUUCUCGAUAGUGUACUCCAUGCUAAGGACUUGAAUGAUAAUCUCAAGGCUAUGCAUAAGGAUAAUAAGUAUAAGGAGCUUGUGUUUUAUCUGGCUGCAUGUUACGCAGCUGUCGCAUUUGCAAUUAUGUGGUUGAAUGACACCGAUAGUCAUGAUUUGAAUAAGGAAAGUAGAGGUGAUAUUGAGAAUCAGCAUGCUCAACAAUAUGGCGACCUGACUAUUGCCAAGGAACAUGUAUACGUCGAGGAAUUGAAUAGUCUAUUGAAUGGCCGAAAAUUAAUGGAUAAACAGAUUGAGGAAUACGUGAAUGAAUUGCCGGGAAUUGACGCCAAUAUCGCAUUGAAUGGCAAACUAGAGCUCAAUAACAGAGAUUGCUAUCGAAAACUGGUCGACACUUUUAAUGAUAACUGUUAUACAUUUGGACGGAAUACAUACGGAAUACAAAAACAGCAUAUAUUUGUGAAUAUUUGCGAACAAAUACGUGACUCGAGUGAUGCGGACAUUGCUGUCAACCGAUUGAUACAACACUGCAAUAAAAAUGUUAUGAAAACCAAUAAUAUUAUAUAAAAUUAUAUUUUUAAAUGAAAAUUUAAAAAUAAAUAAAUAAGCAGC